CAACAGGCUUUUUCCUGUCUCUCUCUCUCUCUCUACCCAUGAUCCCCCUUUCUCUCUCUACCCAUAAUAAUUCUCAGUCCACCUCUCUUAUAAACCCUGCCCAUGCUCCCAUAAACCCCUCAACUCUCUCUUUCUCUCUCUCUCUCUCUCUCUCUAGCGAUGGGCUUUUGCAGUAAGAGCGCUUCAAAGGACCAAAACCCAUGUAAUGUGAGGCCUUUCCCGACCAAAAAUCGCAGGAAAAAUGGCCGGAAAACUGAGAAAAUGGCUGGAAAAGAAAGUGUCGAGAAGAAAUUAGUGGCUUUGCAGAGGCUUUUACCGGCGGGAAAAAGCAUGAAGGGUGAUCGGAUUUUUGAGGAAACAGCAGAAUACAUAGUUUUGCUGAGGACCCAAGUUCAGAUCUUGCAGAAACUUGUUGAUUUGUAUAGCAAUGGUGGCUGUCAGUGUAAGGAAGGUGGUUAAUGGAAAAUGCCUUUUCUUUUAUUUUUUUUUAUUUUUGCAUCUUUGUUUUUCUUUCCCCCCCUGAAAUGAGCAUGAGCUUAGGUUA